UGAACCUCGGCCAAUCUUCUUUCAUUCAUUUCUUUCUCUUAAAUUAGCAUACAAAAUCAUAGUUCACCUGACUCCGACUCACUCCAUAGGUUAAAACCGAUACCAAAUAAUAAGGGACUCCAUUCUGUACCCGAAAUGGCGUCGGACUUGCAGCUAAUCGCCCGCCUCUGGGAGUUCUUGGAUGAAUCGGACCUCAACACCACCACCACCGCAAUUGUGCGCCGGAGAUUGGAGCAGGACUUCGCUAUUGAUUUGACGGACAGAAAGAAGUUUAUUAGGGAGCAGGUCGAUUUGUAUCUUCAAAGCCAGUUCGAAAAUGCCGACCAACAACAACAGGAGGAUGAUCUAGCGGACGAGAAUAAAUCAGAGGAAACCGAUGGCUCUGAUUCGGACGAGCAAGAGAAGGAAACUCAAAGAGCCAAGAACAAGAGGGCCUCUUCAAAGAAACUGCCAAAAAGAGUCGAUGGUGAAGGUAAGAGAAGAGGAGGUGGUUUUAACAAAGUGAGCAGACUUUCCCCACAACUUCAGGAACUUUUAGGAGUUCCUGAAUUGGCAAGGACUGAGGUAGUCAAGCAAAUAUGGGUUUAUAUUAGAGAGAAAAAUUUGCAAGACCCAGUUAACAAGAAAAAUAUAAUUUGUGAUGAGCCAUUGCAUGCACUUUUUGGUGUUGAUUCCAUUGACAUGUUUCUAAUGAACAAAGCCUUGUCAAAGCACAUCUUGCCCUUGGAUUCAGAUGAAGUCAAGUCAAUGGAAAAGGAAAAACCAUUAAAGCAUGAGAGAGAAGAAGAACCAGAUGAAGAAAAAGGAAAGGAAAAGAAACAGAAGGGAUUUCUUGCUCCUCUUCAACUUUCAGAUGCUCUAGUAAAAUUUCUUGGUACGGGAGAAAAUGAGCUUACAAGGGCUACCGUAAUAAAGAGAAUGUGGGAUUACAUAAAAGAAAAUAAUCUCCAGGAUCCAUCUGACAAAAGGAAAGUAAUAUGUGACGAGAAGCUGAAAGUGCUGUUCGAUGUCGAAACCUUCCAUGGCUUCACUGUAACAAAACUCUUGGCUGCACAUUUCCUCAAGAGCUGACAUGACUGGACAAACGAUAUUGUUCUCGUUAAGAGGGUUUAGUCCGAGAAACAAGGAUUUCCAUUCAUUGUUUUGCUUAGCAAGGAGAGACUGUCAAAUUUUUAUUUAUUUAAAUUGGGGGCCUUGUAUUUUCUUGAUUUAAGGUACAGGGAUGAUGUUUGGUUGACGA